AUGAUGGCGGAUGAUACGGAUUCAGUAUCAGCAAGCGGCUCGUGUGCCGGCGCUGGACCUGGAGGCUCGAAACAGAGACACAAGAGGACGCGGACGGGGUGUAUGAAAUGUCGGAUCCGCCGGCGCAAAUGUGACGAACGAAAGCCGCGAUGUCAGCGCUGCAUCGACGGCAACUUUGAGUGCCACUACGGCCCCAGACUCACAUUCUUGAAUAAGAAUGCCCUAACCGCGUCGCCCUCACCCAAGGUGGCUGAUGCAACAACGCCAAAAUACACGCGCCUUCAGUUUGUAGGUACCGGAUCCUCCAAACAAGCCAUAAAGGAUCCAUCAUCAUCUUCCUCCCCGCCUCAACAGCAACAAGUCAACGGGAGCAACCCAAGCGACGUAAAUCACGCCCACGUAUCCCUACCGCCGCCACCGUCGCAGACACCAACGCCAACGGUGAUAACCUUUCAUGUAAACUCCCAGACCCCAGAACCGUCGCCGACAGCGACAGCGAAACCACCACCUUUGGAGCCGAGCCUGUCGCCCCUGAGCCGCCAACACCGCUACUCACCACUCACACAAUGGCAACCGCCCCAGAGCAUAGGCGGCCUCGGGGGGCACGAGAGUCUCUCAUCGCCGGUGCGGAACCUCGAUAUCACGGGGAAGCUGACGGGCCCGUCGCCGAGUAAUGACGCCGCGUACGAAACGGCUCUGAACGUCUUACUAUCACUCGGCAAUGAAGGACCGGUGGGGCUGGGCCAGUCGCCUGACCACGGCUCGGGGUCCUUUGCCAUCGGUGGCCAUGGUAUCGGGGCGGUGAGUCCUGGAGAGUUGAUGUCAAUGUCGCCGAAUUCGGCGAGAGAGAGGAAGGGGUCCGGCGUGUCUGCGUCGGCGAGCAUAUCGCAAGAUCGCCUGCUGCAGCUUCUGCGUCACUUUAGGUACCAAGUUGCACCAUGGCUUGACUUGUGCGAUAUGGGACAGACCUUUGGUCUUUAUGUCUCCCGCCUUGCGAUCGAAUCUGAGGGCGUACUUUACUCUCUCCUCGCUGUUGCGGCAACGGCACAGCAGGCCGACACGCGCAUUCCAUCUGCCGAUGUCGAAUACCUCAAGUCUCUAGCGGAGGCGAAAGCAAUUCAGCCAAACGGAGCAGCCAUCAGUGACAGCGACCUGGUUUACUUGACACUAUCAACGGCAUGCCGAUUCAUCUCCGAUAUCCCCAGCGGCUGGGACGACCUGCCCAUCAUUAUAGAUCACAAUUUUUGGGGUACGGCGCUAGCUGAAGCAACUCCAAAGACCAUCUCGAUAUUAUCUGUAUUGAUUCGGCUAGAACUCGCCGCCGCACUCGUAACCGGCGCCCCCAUCUCGAUACCCGAACACCUAUCCUACAACCAGAUCCCGCAGCAAUGGAACUCCUCCGUCAUCGCAGAGACAAUCUUCCAGUACACCAUCGAGCCCCUCCUCCUCUGCGCAAAAGCAGUAAACUUUUGCUCGGGUAGCUUUCCGCCUCAGAAUCCAGCCGACCUCGAUCUCGGCCUCGACGGCGGCGGCGGCGGCGGCGGCGGUGGCGGUGGUGGCGGCCUCCCGCUCACACCCGUCCACCGUUGGACGAUGCUCAGCGACGCCCUGGGGUCCUGGUACACCAACCGGGCGCAGGAAUUCCGUCCCAUGGUCGAGAUGGACGGCGGCGGCGACGAGACCCUCUUCCCCGUGAUCCUCUUCACCAACGGCGCGGCAGUCUUUGCGAAUCAGCUCUAUCACACGGCCAUGUUGCUGUUGCUUCAGAACAAGCCGCGGACGUUGCAGGCGGCGGGGGCGGCGGGCAAGAAGUCGUCGUCGUCAUCGUCGUCGUCGUCGUCAAUGUCGCCUCUGUGGCAUGCCCAGCGUGUAUGUGGCAUUGCACUCAAUAAUGACCGGAGGGACAGCUGGGAUCUCUGUUUGGUUGCGUCGCUGUAUCUGGCGGCGCAGCGGAUGACGUAUGAGCCUCAGCAGAAGGCGAUUCUGGAGUGCUUUGAUCGCAUCCAGUCCAUGACUGGCUGGAAUGCCGAUGGCUUCUCGACAAAAGUUCGGGAAGAUUGGGGCCUGAUGUAG